GAUACUACCACCUUAAUUGAUUAGUGAUUAGGCCAUAUUGUGUACAAACUACUUCGUUACAAUUCUCAUUUCAUUUGGUAUUAUAAAAAGGAACCCUGCAUGUUUUUUUACCAGCAUAUCCACAACUAAUAUAGCAAUCAUGCAAGCAUUGAGAAAUUCUGUCGCCCUCAUUUCCAUCUAUAUCUUAGCCAAUACAUUGGUGGAAUCCUGCAACACCAUAGACAAAGAAGCUUUGCUCGGAUUCAAGCAUCGAAUCACUGAUGAUCCAUCCGCGUUGCUGAAGACUUGGGUUGCUAACACCAACUGCUGCACUUCGUGGGCAGGUGUAGACUGUGAUCAUUCCACCGGAAGAGUAGUUAACGUCUCAAUGUCCGGCCUUCAAUCCAGGGAUGACUUCAUCUUAGACACCUCUAUGAAAGGUUAGCGGUGGAGCUAUUACAUGCUCUUGAGGAGUCUGAUAGAUACUCCAAUAUUGUUUGCUUGUGUAGAAAGUGGUGGACCAUGAGGCCGACCUUGAAGAUUGAAUUCCGUGCAAGGAGCAGGAACAAAUGCGCGGAUGUGAUGGCUAAAGUAGCUAGGAAGUCGGAUUUUGGAUGCAAUGUAACUAGGAUGUUUCCCUACCCCCCUAGUUAUUGUAUGGACUAUGUCUCUUCGGUUUGUAACUAAUUAUGGGAUUGUAACUGACUAUUAGUAUUUAUAUAUUGC